AUGGAUAGAUGUGAUCAUGGACCGAAUGUAAGAUGUUUAAAAUGUAUGGCAAGAGAUGCACAAAAGGCAGCUGAGUUAAAAAAGAAAGAGUUGAAUAAAACAGCACAAAACCCAAGUAAUUCUACAAAAUUAUCAUCGUCAUCUUCACAAGAAGGGGAAAAGGUUUAUACCAUUGGAGGUGGGGUUAAGAAAAAUGCAUCAACUCACUUCAGCUCUGGAGUCUAUAGACUUGGUGAUGGUGGACCAAUUAAACCAGCGACACAAACCGCAAAAGGAAAGCCAGUUAAAUGGCUUUGUAAUCAUCCUCCAGGACAAAAGUGUAGUAACUGUUUAUGUCCAAAAGGAGCGGCUAAUGUUAAAAGACAAUGUAAUCAUCCACCAACAAUGAAAUGUCCUAAUUGUAUAGCCCCAGAAGAAGUUAAACAUAAUCAACCACAACAACCACGAAUUUAUUUUCCAGCCACAUGUCCAAAUCAUGGUCCACAUGGAUGUUGUACAUUAUGUCUUGCAAAAUGGGAUUAUGAAAAAAUUCGAAUUCAAAAACAAGAAGCUGUAUGUAAAUUAUGUCGUAUGAAUUUUAUGGAAACAGACAAUUUUCAAAGGUAUGUAUUUCAAAGAAGUUUUUAUGUUAAUAGAAUUGGUAUAUUAUAUGGAACAUUUAAACAAGACAGAGUACAAGUAGAAGCCAUUUAUGAACCACCUCAAGUUAUAAAUGAAGAAGGAGAUUUUGAAAUGAAACAAGAACAAACCCUUUUACAAGUACAACAAAUGGCUGUUGAACUUGGAUUAGAACGUGUUGGUAUUAUUUUUUCACAUGCAAGAAGAGAAGAAAUUUUAACAAGUAGAGAAAUUAUUUCAGCAGCACAACGACAAUUAGAUUGGGAUAAGAGGUGUGUAACAGUUGUUGUAACACCAAAUGAAACAGGAAGUGAAUCUAAAGUAGAAUGUUAUCAAGCAUCAGAACAAUUAAUGGAAUUAGUUAAAAAAGCAAUAGUACAACCUAGUCAACCAAAAAAUAAUGAAAUUAAUUUAAAAGAAUCAGUUUAUUUAUCACAAAAAGAAAUUAUGACUGUCGAUCCAAUAGUCUUUGUUUGUAACGUUCCAAUUCGUGCCUUUAAAGCAAAGACUAUGUUUUUAUCAUCAAAAUAUCCAAUUGAAAAUAGACCACAAGAAGAUGUUACAUUACUUCAAUUUAAAAAAUAUUUUGAAAGUGUUAAAACACUGCCAAUUUAUCAACAAAUUUCAGAUUUUCAUUUAUUAGUAUUUUGUUUAGAUUAUGGAGUGUUUAGUUCACUUCAUUCUGUAAAAGAGUGUAUUGUGAAUAAAAUAGAGAAACAUGAUAUUAAAGAAGAUAUAAAACAAUGGCUUGAAAUGCCUUUGGAUUGA